ACCUGGGACGGAGGGAAGCUUCGUGUAGACAAAACUCCCGUUUACGACGAUUUUGCACUCUGAUUAAAGUAAUCAGUGAUAGCUGAAAGCUUUGUAAAGGUAUUAGAAUUAAGUAUGGCUGAGUUUCCGACAGAAUUGGACGAUCUGCGGUACGAAAACCAACUUCUGAUCAAGAAGCUGCGGAAUCGGCAAGCCGCCGUCAAGGAGUCGCUUAAACUCGUCAAAGCGUCUUCCGUGAGUCAGAAACGACCAAGAGACACUUACAAGGUGCCAGUGGACAAGACGGGAGACGUCUUAGGCGUCAAGGAUGUGGAGAACCUUCCCAAGGAGGCGCGAAGUCCUGACCAUAAGAAGACCAGAGUCGGUGACUCUACAGGAGUUGGGUGGGGGUCAGCAGUCGCUAGGCAACCAGCCAGGCUGAGAGUCAGGACUCCAAAGAAAGUGACUUUUGUGGACGAAGUUUCUAGGCCAGGAGGACAACUUCAAGACACUGUACAAGGAGUGGAAAGGCUCCCAAGGUUUCACUCAACCCCUUUAAGAGAGGAUGGAGGAAAGGUGCUGACAGCUGCGACUCAAGAUGUUGAAGAUGACACCUUCCCUACAGGUGAGUCAACCAGACACCUGUUGUCAGAACACCUGGCAGGUCAAGAGUCAAGUUUACGUGUUGACCACGAACCACACACCCCUCACCUGUAUGAUGAAGGAAACAACCGCAGAGCCAAGGAGACAACCAAGGUGCCUGGCUCCAUCCUCAGGACACCUGUGAAGAGGAGGACCAUGGUUGGAGGAGGCAGUAACCAUGGUAACCAGUCAGCCAUGACGGUGGGGGAGCUACAGGCCCAGGGACGCGAGGAUGACCAGCCUCUGCUGGGCUAUGAUUGGAUCGCUGGGCUGCUGGAUAACGAUGCGUCCUCGCUGGACCGCUCGGAGGGCUUCUUCGAGGAGCUGCGAGAAUUCCGGAGGGUGAACAGGGAGGAGUGUGAGCACAAGGCAACCCUGGAGGUCAAGACACCACAGUUCAGCCGACACAAGUCCCCGCUACCCCCCGCGGGAGCCUCGGAUGACACUCACGACUGUGUCCACAGCUACAGGCUGAACUCCAGGCUCUUCCCAACCCCCAUGCACAGCAACUUUGCUGGCGACAGUGAAUGUGCCAUCUGCAAGUCCACAAGAAGUGGUGAGGAGACAUUGGAAUCUCCAGCUUACGUCCGUGUCAGCGUCCCUCGAUCAUCCCUGGUGAACUCCCUCCGUGUUAAGCCUCACCGAAAACGGAGCUUCGACCCCUCGGACACCGUCGGUCUGUCAGGACACACCCUUGCUGGAUGGCAGAAUUCUUGUCCUUCCACCAUUCCGGCUGCUUCUAACUUAGACCUGAAGAGCUCUGUACGCUUCCAGCCAGGAGCAAGGUCUAUGGCACCAAGUGUCUCUGUAAACACAAGCGUGGCGUCUAGAACUCGCUCGGCUGACACCAGGACCAGAGAACUGUUGAACACGUCACAUGCCAUGAGAUACAGCCUACAGGUGCUGGAACAGGAGAGGGCCAAGCACAAACCGGCACACUCCACAAACUACCCUGCUCUGUAAACCAUCUGUUUGCACAGAUCUGUUUUCAUAUGUCAUUUUUGUUAUGUUAAAGUUUGUAUAGAAAAGCUAGAAAAUUGACUAGGCCAUAAGGAAAAACAAUUUUUCAUUCAACUGUUUAAACUUUUGUUUUUAAGGAACAGUUUUAUAUUGCAUUGUAGACUUAUUCCUUUGAAUUUGUACUGGGAAAGGCAGUGUAAGAUGUCAAUGACUCAAUGUACAUGUAUACCAAGUUCCAAACUUCUGAACUGCUCUUAUGGAAAUGCACAGUGAUUUUUAUCAUCAUACCAGUUUAAUAAAACAAGCUGUAUCAACAGAA